ACCUGUCCUUAGAUCGGUCACUCCGAAUCAAUCUUCAUCCAUUUGUCUCACUCUCACUUUGAAGUAUCUCUUCAGGCCCCACUGUUCUUUUCAGGCGCCAACGAUUGCCGGCCCCUCUGAUUAUAAAUUUGUCUCUCUUGGCCUCCUUUUAGGCUCUCACUAGUCACUAUUGCUAUCAUCCUCCAAGCUUGUCUUAAUUUCUGUUAACUUUGACAUUUGGGAAAUCACAGAAACUAUAGUAGGAACCUUGCUAUAGGCAGUUAUGGCGGAUCCUGGAAAGAUGGAAGAAGGGCUAGUUCAUGUAGAAGUUGUUCCUGAUCAAGAAUGUAAAGAUAAGCAUGAUGGGAAGGUGGAGAAAAAAGAAGGUGGAGGUAACAUUGACAACGAGAAAGAAGAGAAGGUUGAAGAACAUAACUUGGAACAGCAACCACUAGUAAAGCAAAAGACCAAGAGGGUUGCAACCUUGGAUGCAUUUAGAGGACUUACCAUCGUGCUGAUGAUAUUGGUGGAUGAUGCCGGGGGAGCAUAUGCGAGGAUUGAUCACUCACCAUGGAAUGGUUGCACUCUAGCUGACUUUGUGAUGCCAUUUUUUCUCUUCAUUGUUGGGGUGGCAAUAGCUUUGGCUUUCAAGAAAAUUCCCAUGUUCAAGGAUGCAGUUAAGAAGAUAAGCUUGAGAACACUAAAGCUUCUAUUUUGGGGAAUUUUGUUGCAAGGUGGAUACUCCCAUGCACCUAAUGAUCUUUCCUAUGGAGUUGACAUGAAACAAAUCCGAUGGUGUGGCAUCCUCCAGAGAAUAGCAUUGGCUUACUUCAUUGUAGCCUUAAUAGAGAUUCUCACCAUAAAGCGCAGACCGACAGUUUUGGAACCUGGACAUUUAUCAAUUUACGCUGCAUACCGCUGGCAAUGGAUUGGAGGAUUCAUUGCUUUUGUCAUUUACAUGGUCACAACAUAUUCUCUAUACGUCCCAGAUUGGAGUUUUGUGGUGCACGGACAUAAUGAAGCAACACGAUACACGGUCAAAUGUGGUAUGAGAGGGCACCUAGGACCUGCUUGCAAUGCUGUUGGUUACGUGGAUCGAGAGGUUUGGGGCAUUAAUCAUCUCUACUCAAGUCCUGUCUGGCAACGCCUAAAGGCCUGCACUGAUAGUUAUCCAAGUUCUGGUCCUUUCCGUGAGGAUGCCCCAAGCUGGUGCCGUGCUCCAUUUGAACCAGAAGGCUUGCUAAGUUCAAUUUUGGCUAUCCUCUCCGGCACUAUAGGAAUCCACUAUGGGCAUGUUUUAAUUCAUUUCAAGGGUCACUCUGAGAGGCUAAAGCAAUGGGUUUCGAUGGCGUUAGUCUUACUCAUUGUAGCCAUCAUUCUUCAUUUUACAGAUGCUAUUCCCAUCAACAAGCAGCUUUACAGUUUCAGUUAUGUGUGUUUCACAGCCGGUGCAGCAGGAAUUGUAUUCUCUGCAUUCUACAUCCUGAUUGAUGUUUGGGGUUUCAGGACACCAUUUUUGUUCCUGGAAUGGAUUGGCAUGAACGCCAUGCUGAUAUUUGUGCUAGGGGCACAAGGCAUCCUUGCAGCAUUUGUAAAUGGAUGGUAUUACGAGUCAACCGACAACACCCUUGUCUAUUGGAUCCAAAAACAUGUUUUCAUAAAUGUAUGGCAUUCGGAGAGACUAGGAACCCUCUUGUAUGUGAUAUUUGCAGAAAUCGUUUUCUAUGGAGUCCUUUCAGGCAUCUUGCACAAAUUGGGUAUAUACUGGAAGCUAUAA